AGAAGAAUCUCCAAUCAGCGAGCGACUCUUCUUAGUUUGAACGCGAAGCGGUUUGUUAUAAUGGUGAUCCGUUCUGUUCAUAUUUGACAUCAUACAGUUAUUAAUGAUCCCGAGAAGAGCUCUGCAUGUCAAUAACACGCUGUAGAGUAAAGCUCCAAGAUGAAUGCAAGAGGAAGAAAUGGGCCGUUGUUUAUCAAGACGUACAGUAAAAGAAUGCGAAAGGUGGAGCCGUGGUUCUCUCCUGACCUGAAGAAAGCAGCUUUCUCGUUUUCAAGCACACUUUCAUCAGAUCAGUCCAUAACAGAGACCACACAACCAAAGAAACGGAGAAUAAGAGAAAGAGCCUCCCGUCCUGCCAAGAGCAAAGGGAUGACUGCUAUCAAGGAGAACGAGGAAAACUAUGCACCGUCCUCAUUGUUCAGAAAGAAGACAAAUGCAAAACCAUCAGUAAGGACUACAGCUGUGAGGAAGACUCGAACGGCUAAAACAAAUAAACCGAUCAUUCUCAGCAGCAGUGAAAAUGAGGAUGACUCCUGUAUGAAAACGUCUGCUGGUGAAUGUGCUGGUGCUGAGAAAGUGUUCGGCGCUCAAUGUUUGCCUAAGUUCGUCACACAUCGCAGAAGACCACCGGCACCCAUCCAAACCAAGCCGAUCUCUGUUGAUGAUUCCUUAGAAGACUUCCUUCCUCAAUUCCCCCAAAACAAGCGGAAGACGCUUCACAUGGGCUCCAAUAAUCACGCUGCUCUCAAGAACCGCGUGGCUCUGGCUGAGGUCUCGUUCAAUGACAGCGAUGACCAGCAGCUCCCAAGUAAACGUCCUCUGCUGUCGAGCACACCUUCUCUGGUCUGCAGACGGCUCCAAACCUUACCAGAGCCCUCCAUCAGUGAGAUCUCCUCCCUCAGCUUUGAUGAACUUCACCAGCCUGCAGAAAACAACUACAGCCUUCAUAAUCUGAAGAAUAUGAAAGCGUGUGACCACACAAGUCACCAGCUCACAAACCCAGGCAUCUCCUCCGGAGAGAGAGUGAUGGAGCAGAGGGAUGCCGUUGUGGAAGAGAGAGCUGGGGAUGGAGAGAGGGAUAAAAAAGGAAAUCCUGGAUGCGUUUCAAGACAGUCACAUCUAGAAUCUUUAGCAGAUGAGUUAAAGAAGAGGUGUCGCACUGUGGAUGUAGCCGUAAAUCUAAAAAAAAUAGACGUCUCGGAUCAUCUGUUGGUGCAAAGCUGCGUCAGGGAACGAGAAGAGAAAAUCUCCUCUGAUUGUUUGCAGUCGUCUGUGGCAGCAAACAGCCAAACCUAUAUAACUGUAUCAUCCAGCUGCUCCUCUCUAUCCAAACCAUCACUCUACCUCUCCUCAAAGUCUCCGUCCACUUCCCCUUUUGCUGGAGCUGUUUGUUCAAAGCAGUCUCUUAUUGGGCGUCUUAAGGCUGAAUGUCUGUUAUCUUCCCUCGCUGUCAGCGUUCCCCGUCUGGACUUGGAUGCGUAUCCUUCUGUCCACCAGAGGGCAGCAGAAGCGCCCUGCCACAGGGACAGUGCAUCCUCUCCACCUCUCAAAGAGACGGGGAACGUCAUCCCAACCAGCUCCCAGACUCCCAGAAACCCUGAAGGAGAUGUUCAACACUCGUCUGCAUCAUCCCGACCCCCUCCGGUCUCUCCGUCUGCCUCUGCAGCUUAUAGCAAAACACGUCCUCCUGCUGUGCCUAAAGAACGCACUGGGUCUGGUACUGGCACCGGCCGCAAAGUUUGUGUGAGUGGACUUAAUGUCAGCCGCUGGUCAAAGAGGGGCGCUGGAGAAUUCAAUGAAAAGCGGAGGAAAAAGGACGGACGGAUAAAGACGGUGUCAGGAGACUGGGGCAGCAUGUCUUCUGCAGGGGACUCCGCAUGUGGCUGGAUGCAGGGCACCAGUGGGAUCGGUCUGGCUGUGACGCCUCUCAGGAUGGAGCAAAUGAAUCUGUCUUCCAUUCUGACCAACUUUACUCCCGACACACUCACGACACACUCCUGGGGCCGACUAAAGGCAGCACUGUCCCUGCAUAAGAAGAAGACUGCAUUUGCCACCCCUCGCCGCUUGGCUCAGGCUCAUCUGAAGUCCCCAGGUGCUGUAUUUCCACCUGACCACAGUCUAGACCUGUUUGCUUCCCCUUUCUGUACACCGUCCAGAUUCCCAGCUUCACGCUUGCUCCGCUCCACCAUCAACACCCCCAUGGCUUCGUAUGAUGAAGAUAUCAGUGAUGCAGAAAAAGUGUAUCAGGAAUGCCAUCAGAGCGGCCCACUUUCCUUCAGUGACUGCAUCCCUCCGGCUCGCAUGAAGCUCUGCAGCAAGAUCGGAGAAGGGACGUUUGGAGAGGUCUUCUCCACCAUCAACGAUUCCAACAAGACCGUUGCUCUCAAAAUCAUCCCAGUAGAAGGCAGUCAGCAGGUCAAUGGUGAACAACAGAAAACCUUCGGCGAAAUCCUCCAUGAAAUCAUCAUUUCCAAAGAGCUGAGCUGUCUUAACAUGAAGGAGAUCAACAAGACAGACGGUUUCAUUGGGCUAAACAAUCUUCAUUGUGUUCGUGGAUGUUAUCCGGACGCUCUGCUCAAAGCCUGGGACAAGUUUGACCGUCAGAAGGGAUCUGAGAACGACAGACCUGAUUUCUUUGAUGACGAGCAGCUGUUUUUAAUCCUGGAGUUUGAGUUUGGAGGGAGUGAUCUAGAGAACAUGAACGGAAAGCUGUCUUCCCUGGUCCAGGCCAAGAGCGUUCUUCAUCAAGUCACUGCCGCUUUGGCUGUAGCCGAGCAAGCGCUGAGCUUUGAACACAGAGAUCUUCACUGGGGAAACAUCCUGGUGAAGGACGUCAAGCACAAGCACAAUGAGUUCAUCCUAAAUGGAACGGUCCAUUCCAUCGAGACACGGGGGGUUCACGUCAACAUCAUCGACUACUCGCUCUCACGCCUGGAGAUCGAUGGACUGACGGUGUCAUGUGAUAUCUCUAAUGAUGAGGAGCUGUUUAUGGGUCAGGGAGAUUAUCAGUUUGAAAUCUACCGUCUAAUGAAGAAAGAAAACAAUAACUGUUGGUCCACAUAUAAUCCUCAUUCCAACGUGUUGUGGCUACACUAUCUAGCUGAGAAGCUGUUAAACAUGAAAUACAAGAACAAAGGCCAGACCAGCCAGCAGAAGACGCUGAAGAACGCCCUCACAUCUUUCCAGUCGGAGAUUCUUCGUUUUCCGUCGGCUACAGAAGCUCUUAUGAACUGCAGGCUCUUUCAGUGAAAGAUUUUUUUAUUUAAAUUUUUUUUAUUAACACAAACGAUAGACCUGUAUUAGAAUUACCAGUCCAGGGCAAGGAGCGAUAUUCUAAAGUUCUGUAAAAAAAAAAAAGAAAUAAAAAAAUAAAAUCAUGCCAUUUAAAAAAAAAUAAUUGUAAUUUAUUGACAUACGUUAAUUAUCUUGAGAUAGUUACAGGUUCGGCAUUGCAUGGCAAAACCAGCUUUUCUUGCAAUAAUUUUUUUUUUUUUUUGAAGAAAAGUCUUAGUAUUUCACACCACAUGAAGUCACCUCCAUGCUCAGCAACUCGUCAUCCUUUCUUCAUGGUUUAAUGCAUAAUCUCAUGACAUUUUAAGACACUGGGUCUGUGUGCUGCCGCUCGUUCGACAGAAUAAAACUGAGAUGCAUGCUAUAGGAAAGCUUAUUUGGUGUUAGCUUGUAGUUGAGUGUAAUAAUGCAGAAAAAGUAGACUUUGGUGAGCUUGUUUGGGGCCGGAGGACCUCAGAAAGAAAAGUAUUUGGUGAACCACUCCUGUUUUUGAGGCUCUUGUCCAUCAGAGCCUGUCUCAGCAGGAGUCCUGGAACAAAACACAACAGGAAAUGUAGAUAUGGGAGAAAAAGAGUUAAGAAAAGAAAACACUGAAUCAGGAAAAGGGGGGUUAUUGUUCGCAUAAAAAGUAUUUGAAUAAGUAUUUCACACAAAAUGUCUGGAUUUUAUUUUUUAUAUCAAGGUUAGAAUGUAUGCAUGCACCUAAUUUUUUAUGUAUUUUUUAUCUUGAAUAUGCAAGGCUUCAGGUGUCAGCUGCCUCAUAUGUGUUAUAGUGUGUGCCGUUACUGCACAUUUUGACAAAUAUAGUUGGUCAUCUGACUAAUCUAGAUUUUUUUCCCCAACCCCCUUUUGCAAAUAUUCAGUGCUGCUACUUGCAUUAAACAAAAAGGUGUAGAGAUAAAAUAAUAGGGACUCUAAAUAAGAUCUUUAUUAGUCUUUGGAGUAGUUAUGAAGAGUUAUUUAAGUAUUUUUUUUAAAUACUAUUAUAGUGUUGUAUUUGCAUGUUUUCAUUUUAAUUUAAAUCUUUUGUUUACAUUUCAAUUAAAAUAUGCAUUUUUUUCAUGCAUUUUUCAGAUAAAUAUAAAUUGUAUAUUGAGUUUUUCUCAGAACAGAAACAGCACCACAUACAUAGUUUGGAUAAAGCAUCUGUUUAAAAUAAAAUAUGCAUUGAUGCAUUAUUAAUU